AUGGCCACCGAACAGACGUCCACCGAACCGCUGCGGGCAUCCACGCCCCAGAUGACAGAAACUGCCCAACUGGCAGAACCCUCGCGACCUGCGACAGCACAUACCGCAAAUGGCUCCCUCAGUGUUCCGGGCGGCGACGUCACCGGUACGAACAACAGCACAACAGCGGUCAACGCCGAAGCAGACCCAAACGUCCACAACCCUCUCAACGCACGAUUUCCCCACACUCAGAUCGCCUACGAUGACCCCGACUUCACACGGCCACCGCCGCUGAAGUACUCACUGCGAACGCGCAAGAAGGCCAUUUUCUGGUUCUGGACCCUCAUUAUUCUCGACUGCAUCUUUAUGCCUAUUGGAUUGUACUUUGGCAUGUGGUAUGGUCUCACACGAGACCAGCUGUCCGCCAACGCCACUUUCAGUAUCAGUACUGCAUUGCUGGGUACCGUCUCGAUUGUCGAGUACUUCAUUCGUUUCCACCGACUUUGGAAGAAGAACUCCAACUGCAGAGUCAUUGGUGCCAAACGAGCAUAUCUCGAUUGGUUCCACUGGAACUUGUCUUUCGCAUGGUUCUUCAUCAUGAUUGAACUGAUUGCCGGAACAUGUCCCCACGACCCACCAAUCCGUGUCCUCGCCAUGCCCGCAGCCACCAUGCUGUUCGCCAUUGGCUUCCAGCUCCUGUUCCUCGACAUCCUCCGACUCCGUGGUGUUCCCGCUCCUUGCCGUAUCUCUUCACUGCCCAAGGGCGCAGCUCUGCGCCCCGGUGUUUACGCAUACAUCGAGGACAUUUGCGCCGUCGACGGAUCCGGAGGAACCGAGUUCAGGCAGAGGCUCAACCUGCGCUACCAGGCCAGCAAGGCUUUCCGCGAGAUGCUGCACCGCCAGACUUUGUUCUGGGCUAUUGGCGCCAUUGUUUGCGCGACUGUUACCACUGCCAUCAUUUUCACCAUUCAGCGCGACGCCGCCUAUGUUGUUGGCUGGAUUCUCCCCUUCCUCUGGGCAGGCGUCUGGGCCGCAAUCACCAUCCCCUGGGUCCAGCGUGAUCUCAAGAAAGAGUACAACGACUGGACCGAGGCCAAGUGGAAGGCUUGA